AUGAAAAAUCAUUAUAUCCCUGAUUCAUUUCAAAGAGCAUCCAAUAUUAGAGUCCCAUUAGCACCCACUGUUAAAUUCGAAAUAAAUCUAGGAAUUUUUCAAAUGCUCCCUAAUUUUCAUGGAUUGCCUUUAGAGGAACCUCAUCAGCACUUGGAAAAAUUUCAUAUGGUCUGUGAUUUAGUUAAUCUCCCUCAAGUUACACCGGAAAUUAUUAAGAUGAAAUUAUUCCCUCAUACACUUAGGGACAAAGCUAGUCAUUGGCUAUCCACAUUAGAUAGAGAAUUAACUAGCUGGAAAGAUAUAGAACAGGCCUUUCUUCGAAAAUUUUAUCCCUUAGGAAAAACUCAAAAUAUGAGAAAACAUAUAUGGAGUUUUUCUCAAAGACCAGGAGAAACUUUGCAUGAGACAUGGGAAAAAUUUAAAGAUUUACUUAGAAAGUGUCCUCAUCAUGCUAUACCCAAGUGGCAGCUCAAUAGAAUUUUUUAUGACGGAUUAUUAGAACAACAUAGAAAUAUGGUUGAUUCUAUAUGUGGAGGAGCUUUUAUGGAGAAAACUCCUGAUGAGAUUUACAGUCUUUAUGAGAAUUUAAGUGAAAAUUCUAGAGAUCAAGCCUCUUUUGAAUUAUAUGACAGGGAUAAGAAGAGAGGAAUUUAUGAAUUGCAUCAUGAUGAUGAUUCUAAACUUAGAAAUGAGGUUAAUCAGAUUAAUCAAAGAUUAGAAAAAAUUGAUUUACUUAUUGACAAUAUUAGAAAGCCUUUUAACCCUCAACUUAAUUCGAAUAGUACAUGUCCUAUGUAUGGUGAAAACGAUUAUUCUGAAUUUCAAUGUUAUAAUUUAGAUCAAUCAUUUCACCCUAUGCAAGAACAAGUGCAAGUAGCUCACGGUUUUAAUAGAAACAGGGAACCUUUUUCAAAUUCUUAUAAUCCUAAUUGGAGGAAUAGUUUUUCAUGGAGAGACCCAAAUAAUAUUCAAAAUCCAGAAGCACUUAGACCCAAUUCAAACUCUGAAUUUUGUCCAAAACAAGAAAACAGAUUUCAGAAAAAUCAGUCCUCUCAAAUCCAACCUGAUGCUAUGGAAAUGAUGCAGCAAAUGAGCCAAAUGAUGCAACAAACUAUGAACCAAAUGAUGCUGCACCAGAAACAAAUUAUAGAGGCUCUUGGGAAUAAGAGAGAAGAGGGACAGCUACCUAGUCAGCCCAUAGAAAAUCCAGGGAACCACCCAACAAUAGGAUUUCAGCAAGGGGAGUCUAGUAGCAUGAAUCUAGGAAAAAACCCACGAAAUGAAAAUGUUAGGACAGUGAAUGCAUUAAGGAGUGGUAAGAUCUUAGCUGAUCCUUAUCCCCAAACAUUAGAAGAAAAAGAAAACGUGGACAACCCAAAACAAAAUCAAAUAGGAGUAGAAGAGGAUUUUAUAGAUUCUACCAAGGAAAUUUCGAAAGAGAGGACAACCAUUCCAUUUCCUAAAGCUCUAGAACCUAGACAAAGAAAGAAAAAGGAACACAAUGAAGAAAUAAAGAAAAUUUUACAAGAUGUGCAAAUUAGUCUUCCUUUACUUACUGCCAUUGAACAUAUUCCUGAAUAUGCUAGAGUUUUGAAAGAAAUGUGUACACCAAAAAGGGCACCUAGAGUAGAAAAAUUAUCUAUGCAUGCUAGUGCAUUAUUAUUAAAUCAAUUACCAUAUAAAUUGAGAGAUACAGGUGCCCCUUUGAUUUCGUGUGAUAUUGGUGGAUUCAUUUUUCAGAAUGCAUUACUUGACACCGGUGCUAGCAUUAAUUUAUUACCUGCAAGUAUUUGUGAUAAAUUUAAUAUUUCUGAUCUUAAACCUUCUACUGUUACCUUAAAAUUUGCUGAUAGAUCCAUAAAACAUCCUAAAGGUAUUUUAGAAAAUGUGAUAGUGACAGUUAAAGGGUGUAAAUUUCCAGCUGAUUUCGUAGUACUGGAAAUGGAUUUUAAUGGACAGUUUUAUGAUACACCAAUCAUCUUAGGGAGACCAUUUUUGCACACAGCAAAGAUGAAUAUUGAUUUUCCCACAGGUAUUGCGAAAAUUUCAUGUGAAGAUCAAUCAGUAGAAAUUAAAAUUUUUGAGAUAUCAAAUGAUAUUAAGAAAUCCCAAGUAUAUGAUUGUCAUACCAUAGAUCUUCUAGAUGAUUUUGAUGAUCCAGAUGUUAUUGAUGACUGUGUGCUGAAAGAAUUAGAGGAAAUAGAGAAUAUAAAUUUAGAAGAAAAGAAAGAGGAAGAUCAUCUGAAUUUAGAGUUGAAACCUCUUCCCUCUAGUUUAAAAUAUAUGUUUUUGGAGGAAAAUAAUUCAUUUCCUGUUAUUAUUGCAGCUGAUUUGAGUGAUGAACAGGAAGAAGAAUUAUUAGAUGUACUUCGAAAAAAUAAGAAAGCUAUGGGCUGGAAAAUGGACGAUCUAAGGGGCAUUGAUAUGAGUGUAUGCAUGCAUAGUAUAUAUUUAGAGGAGGGGGCUAGAACUAGUAGGGAACCACAACGAAGAUUAAAUCCUAACAUGAUGGAAAUUGUAAAAAAGGAAAUUUUAAAGUGGCUGGCUGCUGAUAUUAUUUAUUCUAUUUCAGAUAGCAAAUGGGUUAGUCCUACACAAGUAGUGCCAAAAAAAUCAGGGAUUACGGUUAUAAAAAACGAAAAUGGGGAUGAAAUACAAACAAGACUAACUACCGGUUGGAGAGUUUGCAUUGAUUAUAGAAAAUUAAAUUCAGUUACUAGAAAAGAUCAUUUUCCCCUACCAUUUACUGAUCAAAUUCUAGAAAAAUUAGCUGGAAAAAACUUUUUUUGUUUUCUGGAUGGAUACUCUGGUUAUAAUCAAAUUUAUAUAAACCCUUUAGAUCAAGAAAAAACAACUUUCACUUGUCCAUUUGGUACUUUUGCUUUUAAACGCAUGCCUUUUGGUCUGUGUAAUGCUCCAGCCACAUUUCAAAGAUGUAUGCUGUCUAUUUUUUCUGAUAUGAUUGGAAAAUGCAUGGAAAUUUUUAUGGACGAUUUUUCUGUUUUUGGCGAAUCAUUUGAUGAAUGCUUAAAUCAUUUACAGCAUGUACUUGAGAAAUGCAUAGAGAAAAAAUUAGUUUUGAGUUGGGAGAAAUCACAUUUUAUGGUUAAAGAGGGAGUUGUGUUGGGUCAUAUUGUGAGUAAAAGGGGUUUAGAGGUGGAUAGAGCAAAAAUUGAUAUUAUAUCUAAAAUGAAACCUCCAAAUUCAGUAAAACAGAUUAGAUCUUUCUUGGGUCAUGCAGGCUAUUACAGAAAAUUUAUUCAAGAUUUUUCGAAGAUUUCUAAACCUCUCACCAUGCUAUUAUCUAAAGAUAUGCCUUUUAAUUUUGAUGAGAAAUGUUUUGAGUCUUUUUCCGUAAUAAAAAGAUUACUUACUGAGGCACCCAUUUUACAAGCUCCUGAUUGGUCCCUUCCCUUUGAAAUAAUGUGUGAUGCAUCGAAUUAUGCAGUGGGGGCCGUUCUAGGACAAACAAAAGAGUCAAAACCCAUAGUAAUUUCAUAUGCUAGUAAAACUAUAUCCGAUGCUCAAUUAAAUUAUACCACGACUGAAAAAUAGUUGUUAGCUGUAGUAUUUUCGUUAGAAAGGUUUAGAUCAUAUAUUUUGGGAGCUAAAAUUAUUAUUUAUACUGAUCAUGCAGCAUUAAAAUAUCUGUUAAAUAAGAAAGAUGCAAAGCCACGUUUAUUAAGAUGGAUUUUAUUGUUGCAGGAAUGACUUAGAAAUAAAAGAUAAAAAAGGUUUCGAGAAUGCUGUUGCUGACCAUCUUUCUAGAUUAAGUGACACAGGAAUAAAUGCAGCACCUUUACAAGACGCAUUUCUAGAUGAACAAUUGAUGGCAGCUCAACAUCAACCAUCACCAUGGUAUGCACAUAUUGUUAAUUUUCUGGUUUCUGGAAAAACUCCAGAACAGUGGGAUAAGAACAGAAAAAAUCAUUUCUUUUCUAAGAUUAGAAAUUAUUUUUGGCAUGAUCCUGAUUUAUAUUACUUGGGCAAUGAUCAAAUUUUAAGGAGAUGUGUUCCUGAAGAAGAAUACCAUAGCAUUAUUAACAUGUGCCAUUCAUCUAACUGUGGAGGACACUUCUCUGGACGAAAAACAGCUGCAAAAAUUUUUCAGUGUGGUUUUUAUUGGCCUACAAUCAUUAGAGAUUCUAUAG